UUCCCAAAAAAGCUCGAAACUUAUCAAUGGCGGGGGUCACCUACCUUCAAAUCCACGACCUUGAAGACAGCCCGUCUUUCGAAACCCUCCCCUUCUGGUCCAACAGCGACUUCGACCUCUACCUUUCCUCCGAUCCCGAUUUCCCGCCGCCCCACUUCGUCGCCGUCCACCAAGGCGAGCGCUUUGACCCCGCGGACGACGAAGACGACGACGCCAUCUUCUCCCAGUGCCACCACGCCGAGCAGCACCUCGACGACGACGUCGUCUCCGAGCUCAACUCCAUUUCCAACCGCACCGAGUUCUCCUCCGACCGCGAGAACCAGGUCAACUUCGUCAUGGAUCUGUUCCACCAGCGCGUCGAGCAGUCUCAAGUGACCCCCCGCUCCGUUUUUGUCUCCGGCGAGGGCUCCGAUUUCGGGGUCGUGGAGGGGAAUUGCGACAUGGAUGAUGGGCUUGAUCUUGAUCUUGAUCUUGAUUUGAGCUUAGGGUUAGAUUUUAGGAACUGUUUUGAUGGGGAUGGGGUUGUGUAUCCUGAUGAAGAUGACUUCUUUGUGGGGAGGAGAAGGGUUUCGGAGUCGGAGUCCGGUGAGGCCACGUCAUCUGUAGGGAGGGUGGAGGCGUUUGAGAAUUGCGUGACGGUCGUUGGAAUUGGAUCAGAGAGUGAUGAGGAUGAGAACGGUGUGAUUGGGCUUGAUUUGCAUUCGGAGGGCGAGUAUGGUGUGGAGGAGGAGGAGGAGGAUCAUGUUGGUGGCGAUUACGACGACGAAACUGGAGUUCCUCUGUGCUGGGAUUCGCUGCGAUUGGAGGAGAAUAGGGAGAGUAAUGAGGACUUUGAGUGGGAGGAAGUUGAUGGUAGGGCGGAUGAGGUUUUCGGAAUGUUUGUUGAUCCUGAAAAUGAGGAGGAGGAGGAGGAGGAGGAGGAGCCGGCGCUUGCGAUUUCGGCUGUUGCUCUUCCUGAGGAGGAAUUGAGUGUGGAGAGGGUGGAAGGUUUGGGGAAUGUGGAGUGGGAGGUUUUGUUGAACUCGAGCAAUUGGGAGCCGAAUGCAGAGCUGGAUCAUGAUGCUGAGUCUUUCCCUGGUGAUCAUGAUGACUACAUUUACACUCCGGAGUAUGAUAUGUUGUUUGGGCAGUUUUCCGAGAAUGAGAGCGCGGUGAUGGGCAGGCCUCCGGCUGCUAAGUCUGUUGUCGAGACUCUUCCCUCGGUGGUCAUGAGUCAGGAGGAUGUGGACAAGGGCAAUGCGCUCUGUGCUGUUUGCAAGGAUGAUAUUACUCUCGGGGAACCGGGAAAGAAGUUACCUUGUGCACAUAGGUAUCAUGGUGACUGCAUUGUGCCGUGGCUGCGCAUUAGGAAUACAUGUCCUGUUUGUCGACAUGAGCUGCCUACCGAUGAUGCUGCUUAUGAGCGCAGGAGGAGCCAGAGGACUGCUAGUGGACUCAACUUUCCUCAGAUAUGAUUUUGGAAUCUUUCUUGAAGGAUUAGGUUUUUGAAAAUGUAGAUACUGAUGUGGUGAGGAGUGUACCUCUCUUCUCUUCGGGUUAAGAGAGGAAGAGUUUACCUUUCUUUGCGAGGAUUAUAUGAUUCGUAUGCUUUGUUUGUUUUCAUGGUAGCAUAAGAUUGUUCAAUGACUGCAGAUUUUUUUUCAUGGUUAUCAUGUUAACUACUUUUGAAGUUUUGAACAUCCCAUGUAGACAUUUGUUAUGCUCGUUUUUGCUGGAAGAUGAUUCCGUAUAAUAUUCAAGCAUGUAAUGUAAUAAUAUUGGCCGGGUACUCAAAUUGUUGUCUUUA